UCUCUCAAAAAUAAAAACAAAAAAAAAACAUUUAUUUUUCUCCCUUUCUUUGAAUUUUUAAAACCGAUGGAUCGUCAAAAUUCUGAUGACAUCGUGAGAUUUCUCGAUGGAAUGGCUAGCUCCGACGACGUUCUAUUCGGUUUCCUCGACGAAGGAAACCAGUCACCGGAAGACUUCCCGGACUCCGGUAACCUCAACGGUGGUGGAGAUAUAGACGAUGUUGACGACAAUAGCAAUUGCGAUGCUGAAGAAAACAAAGCUUUGUGGCAGGAACAAGAAAAACUUCUUCAGGGGACACUGUAUAGGACAAGUUCAAUUGAGACAAAGAUUAGACAAGCGACAAAGGAAGCACUGAAAGAAGUUAAAUCAAAGGGUCUUUAUUGUUUCUGCCGACGACCCGUUGCUGGCGGUUGCCGGAGCUGCUUACGUGGUGAAAUCUCUAGACACCUUCGAGAUGUGGCCGGCUACGACUGCGUCAUCUCCAAAUCCAAGUGGAGAAGCUCUCAAGACAUCCCUGCAGGGGAACACGAAUACAUAGAGAUCUUGGACAGAUCUGAUUCGAAGAAAGGCGAGAUGCGAGUGGUGAUUGAGUUAUCAUUCAGGGCAGAGUUCGAGAUUGCAAAAGGCGGUGAAGAGUACAAAAGGCUUAUCAGCCGAUUGCCGGAGGUUUACGUCGGAAAAACCGAGAGGCUCAGAUCCCUGAUCAAGAUAUUGUGCAUCGCCGGGAAGAAAUGCUUGAGAGACAAGAAAAUGCAUAUGGGACCCUGGAGAAAACAUAAGUACAUGCAAGCCAAGUGGCUUGGCACGUGCGAUAGAUCGAGCUCCUUGGAAGCGGCCGUGGUCUCCGAGACGACUGAACCGGAGAAUUGGGUGCCGCUGGUGAAGCCUAGGGUUUCCAUGCUGAACUACGAUGGUCUGACUACCGGGAUGGGCCGUUCUGCCGCUGUAACAGUCGUGUGAUAUGUGUGUGACGCAAGUACUAUUGACGACUUGUAAUUAUUAAUUUAUUUGAUUAGAGGAAGUGAGAGGAGAGUUACAUUAGUUCUGCGUUCCCGAUUUGGAGUUAACCGGAAUAUGUCUCAAUGACGUUGGCUCUUGCGUGAUGAAAAAAACGUUCAAGUCAUCGUGCAACA